AUGGCCUCCAGCUCGGGCUUGACAAGAAGAAGAGGUGGUGCUGGUCCUGCUGCCGGUCUUGAGAGUGAAGAUGGAAGCCGUGUCAGCUCUCCCGCGCCUACCAACAAGCGCAACGAUGAGAACAGAGCCGGAGGUCUCGAGACAUCAUACGAAAGCGGUGCAAAUGGACACAAGAUUGCCUUCGACCCUCGCGAUAUCAGCGAAAGUGCCGAAAGACUGAAACAACCCAAGUUGACACUAAUGGAGGAGAUUCUGCUCAUGGGUCUCAAGGACAAGCAGGGUUACCUCUCUUUCUGGAACGAUAACAUCUCGUAUGCUCUCAGAGGCUGUAUCGUAAUCGAAUUGGCUUUCCGUGGACGAAUCAGCAUGCAAAAGGAUUCCAACAGGAGACGCUUCCCGCUGGCUGAUAGAGUCAUUGAGGUCAUUGACGACUCGCUGACUGGCGAGGUUCUGCUUGAUGAGGCACUCAAGAUGAUGAAGAGCAGCGAAAAGAUGAGCGUGAGCUCGUGGAUAGAUCUUAUGAGUGGUAUUACUUCUCCUGGCUCAACACGAACCCCUGAAGAGCACACGGCUAACACAUACACAANNGGCGAGACAUGGAAUCUCAUGAAGAUCGGCUACCAACUCAAGCAAGUCCGAGAACGUUUGGCAAAGGGACUGGUCGACAAGGGCAUUCUGCGCACCGAAAAGCGUAACUUUNUGUUGUUCGAUAUGGCAACUCACCCCGUGGCCGAUGGUGGUGCANAAGACGAGAUUCGCCGUCGCGUCCGUAACGUUCUGACUAACCGUACCGUUGUCCUACCACCCACAGAAUACCUGCCCGAAGAGAUGGAAUUCAGAUAUCUGCGAACCAUUGCCAUGGUUUGUGGAGCAUACGCUGCCAACGUGCUGGAGAACGCAUUGACAACGCUGCAACACGAGGCACGCGAGAGGGCAUUUGCACAGGUGGACGAGUUGUUGGCCGAGUACUCACAAUAUCCCUUUGCCCGAAGGACAGGAGGACCCGGUAGCAUUGGAGCUAAUCUGGGACAAGUGAUUAUGGAUGAGGUCAACAACGCAAAGGACAAGGAGUUGCAACUUGAGGUAUNNGUGGUGGCUGCUUGCCUGAGCGUGUUUACGAGAUUGGAUUCCCUACUUUAG